AUGAAAUCUCCAUCGAGCAAGCUGGAUGAACAGUACGGCAUUGAGAAUCGUGUCGAAAGGCUUUCUAAUAUGGAGAGCGCAUCUAUUGAAACGGCCUUCUUUGAAGCCUGUGAAAGUGGUGAUAUAGCCCAAGCCAAAAUGCUGCUCGCACUCAGAGUUUUCGAUCCCACUAGACUAGUUAGUAAGAGGACGCCAGAGGGAAGAACAUGUUUACAUCUUGCAGUACUUGCAGGAAGUCCAGAUUUGUUAAAAAAAUUUAAACUGCGACAAUUCAUCAACGAGAUGGACAAUCGAGGCGACACGGCCUUGCAUUUAGCUGUCUGGAAAUAUCGUCUAGAUCUGGUGACAUUAUUGUUAGAUGGUAAGGCUGAUUGUAAGGCUGACUUGAGCGUGAAAAAUAACAGGGGAGAAACUCCGCUAUGCGUGGCUGUAAAGUUUGGAUCCCUGGAUGUUGUGAAGAAGUUGAUAGAUCAUGAACCGGAGGCCGUCCAAAAAUUAUGUAAAGAUGUCAAAAUUUUGCAUCUUGCUGUGAAUCUUAACCGAGCCAAUAUUGUUGGAUUUUUAAUUAAAAAAAGUGUAGUUAUAAAAAACAGAAACGGCCUUCUUUGA